CUGACGAGAUCUUCCAUGGGGACUGUGCCUGAUUCACUGAGGCUGACCAAAGCUUCCCUGACUAUAGCUCCGGGAGAGGAGGAGUUGCUUCAAGACCAGCAGGCUUCUAUUCCACAGCAGACGUCCAUUAUUCCCUAUAGCAAUGCUAAUAGUCUUUUAGGCUUCCCUUCAGAAUCCGUUACAAUUGGCUUAUUGGACCUUGGCUACUCUGGACCAGUCGAAACCAUAAUGAAGGAUUCUGAGCAUGAUCUCACCCAGACAGUCAUGUCUUCUGGGAUCUCUGAUGAGGUAGACAAAUUACCUCCCACAGACAGCACCCCUUCUGAUGGCUCUCAACAUCAAGGGAACAGUGAACCUGCAGCCCAAGUCCCCGGUCCACUAGUAGGCUUGAACCUUACACACUCAGUGGUACCAGUCCACCAGGAUGCUGGCCGCCCCAAACCUCGUGAUGAUCCAGACACCUUGACAGUCGCUGCUGAUAAAACAACACAAGCCCUGGAAGCAUCAGAAGCAGAUGAUCCUGAGAAGUUUGACCGUCAAAGUAGCAAAGACCAAGAUUUGUGUACUGACCCUCCAGGAAAAAGACAAGAAAAAGCAAAACCUUUGAUGACAACAUCUGAGCUAUUUCUUCCAUCGGCCACUCCUACGAGCAGAUCUGAAGGAGGUGAGCAGCAAAUUGAUUUGAACUUAGAAACAAGGCUUCACAUACAUUCAGAAAGAGAGAAGAGACCUACAGAGGAGUCUUCCACAACUGCUUUGACUCCAUCAGAGCAAUCCUCCACAACAUCUCAGCAGUCUAGCCUCAGUGGCAAACAUUCGGCAUGCUUUCCAGAGCAAGAAAAGACUCUGGCGGCACAGCCCCUGUCCUCCAGAUUCAAAGAAAUGGGUACCAUGACAAGCCUAGAUGAGAGUGGAUUUUUAGCAGAGAGAGCCAACAGAAUCUGGCAAGAUGCUGAGGUUCAGACAGUAACCAGUAUGGAAAGUAGAUCUGUCUCCACCAGCCCAAGUAUGCUUGCACCGUUCUUAAGGGAAAUUCCUCCUUCGGAGCCUGUGGAGCAACCAGAGCAGUUGUGUAUCAUUUACCAGAGCCAUAGUAAGGCGAACCAGCCAGCAGAGCACUCUGACAAGUUGGAAGGCCCCAGAGAAGCACCUUGCCAUUUUGGUAACAAGACAGAAGUCCACAUCCUGGCAGCUACUGCUGAUUCUUCAAACGUAUCCGUUUUCCAAGUGGAAAAAAAGUCAACCGAUUCAGCAGCCACAAAUUAUGAACAGGCAUCAAACAACGGGCUCUCUGGCCUCUGCUCUCUAAAGGCUUCAAGUGAUUCCAAAAAUAUAUGCAAGGAGGAAUGGCAGGCAGUAGAAAUGGGCACUGAAGGAAAAAGUGGGAUCCUUACACAGUCGACACCCACUACUUUCCUCCCACCCAAAGCGAAACCAGUUUAUCCAGUUUCUACCCAUGUAUAUAAUAAUGAAGCUGAUGUGAGUCCUGGCUUGGGGAAAGCUGACACCAAGUCAUCCGAGCUGUCCACGAAAACCAUUAAUAGCCACCAACCUGAAAGUGUUUCCAGUGAUGACGAAUUGAACAAACGCGAUGGCUUGAGUGUCGGUGAGAAAGAUGCCGCAACCGAGAAGCCUCUGCCUACUCCAAAAGUAAAAGAAGGGGAGACUGUUGAUUCCAAGGCAGGCAUAAAACCCAAAGCGGAAACAAAAGCAGAGUUGCUUUGUCCUAACGCGGGAGGAAGUAAUUCCGCAGGACUAACUCCGAAUCCUGUGACUGCGAUUACUCCCACCACAGGCAGAAAGAACCAGGACAAAGCGUCCGAAGAAAGUAAGCAGGCAAAGGCAGUGACGAGCCUGGGUCUGCCAGCAGAGAUGAUGGGGGACUCCAGUCCAAACUCUGGUAAACGGACACCCUCUCGGUCAGUCAAAGCAAGUCCUCGCCGUGCCAGCCGAGUCAGUGAGUUCUUAAAGGAGCAAAAACUAAAUGUGACAGCAGCUGCCGCUCAGGUUGGAUUUAUGCCGGGAGAAAAGAAAAAGCAGCUUGGAUCUGACUCCAAGCUCCAGUUUAAGCAAUCCAAGCAAGUCAGGGAUGUAAUAUGGGAUGAUCAAGGCAUGACGUGGGAAGUGUAUGGUGCUUCCCUAGACCCCGAGUCUCUGGGCAUCGCUAUUCAGAACCACUUACAAAGACAAAUCAGGGAACACGAGAAACUGAUUAAGGUUCAAAGCAAUCAGAACCGGAAAUCAAUUUCCUCGGAUACAUCUUCAAAUAAAAAGCUUAAGGGAAGGCAACACAAUAUGUUCCAGGCCAUGAUGCAGAACUUUAGACGUCCCAACUGCUGUGUCCAUCCUGCUCCCUCAUCUGUGUUAGAUUAA